AUGUCCCGACCCGAUACGUAAACAGCUCCAUUUCUUUUUCAAGUCUUCUUCUGCUGUUCGAUUCGUUUGGGCAUCCGGGUGAUUUUCCCACAAAGCAUGAAUGCUCUCGCCGCCACAAACCGUAAUUUCCGCCAUGCGGCUCGCAUUCUCGGGCUGGACUCCCGAAUCGAGAAGAGUCUCUUGAUCCCAUUCAGAGAAAUCAAGGUGGAGUGCACCCUUCCUAAGGACGAUGGCACUCUGGUGUCCUACGUUGGAUUCAGAGUCCAGCACGAUAAUUCUCGCGGCCCCAUGAAAGGGGGGAUCAGAUACCAUCCCGAGGUUGAUCCUGAUGAGGUAAAUGCGCUGGCUCAGCUAAUGACCUGGAAGACUGCCGUGGCUGAUAUUCCUUAUGGUGGAGCUAAGGGUGGAAUCGGGUGUUCUCCAAGGGAUUUAAGCAAGAGCGAGCUGGAACGCCUCACUCGAGUCUUCACUCAAAAGAUUCAUGAUCUUAUUGGGGUUAAUAUGGAUGUCCCUGCUCCAGACAUGGGAACAAAUGCCCAGACCAUGGCCUGGAUGUUGGAUGAAUACUCAAAGUUCCAUGGCCACUCACCAGCUGUUGUGACCGGAAAGCCCAUUGAUCUUGGUGGAUCACUGGGUAGAGAGGCUGCAACUGGACGUGGAGUUGUUUAUGCCACAGAGGCUUUACUUGCUGAAUACAAAAAGUCGAUCAAGGAUUUGACAUUUGUCAUACAGGGUUUCGGGAAUGUGGGUUCCUGGGCUGCAAGGCUCGUUCAUGAGAGAGGUGGCAAGGUAAUUGUAGUAAGUGACAUCACUGGAGCAGUUAAGAACCCAAAUGGAAUUGAUAUACCAGCUUUGCUUAGUCAUAAAGAAGCAACAGGCAGCUUGGUUAAUUUUAGCGGUGGAGAUGCCAUGGAUCCAAACGAACUGCUUGUACAUGAGUGUGAUGUCCUCAUUCCAUGUGCUUUAGGAGGAGUCCUGAACAGAGAAAAUGCCGGGAGCGUAAGGGCCAAGUAUAUCAUCGAAGCUGCAAAUCAUCCUACUGAUCCAGACGCAGAUGAGAUUCUAUCUGAGAAGGGAGUUAUAAUUCUACCCGAUAUAUAUGCAAAUUCUGGAGGUGUCACGGUCAGCUAUUUUGAGUGGGUUCAGAACAUUCAAGGAUUUAUGUGGGAAGAAGAGAAGGUGAAUAGGGAGCUCCAUAGAUACAUGACGAAAGCUUUUCGUAACAUCAAGAACAUGUGUCAGACACAUGGCUGCAACCUUCGAAUGGGCGCCUUCACGCUGGGGGUGAAUCGUGUUGCUCGAGCCACUGUGUUAAGGGGUUGGGAAGCAUAACUAAAUUAACUUCCCCUUAUUGUUCUUCUUGAAAUGCAUUCCUUUCUUAUAGCUGAAAACUGCAGUUUGAUAUCCAUUCUUAUCGAUCUCCCAACAACCUUCCCCUUUUUCUUCCUUUUUUUUGGGGGGGCGGGGGGGGUUUGCUAAUUCAGCAAUCUUACUCUUGUCUUAUUCAUCUUCAAUCUUGACAUCACAGAUUGUGAAAUAUACAGUGAGUUCAGUUCCAAAGUUCCUUAGAAGCCAUAGAUUAAUGGGCAAAUUAUAUCCUUGUUAGGGAUGGGAAAAUGAAUUAGGAUGCUGUUGCUCAUUGUUGGUGUGUUUUGAAUUAUUUAUACAACAAUAAUAUUAUGAAUUUUACUUUA